CUAGCUAGCCAAGAAAAGAACAACCAUGUCCGUGGCACAUGCCGAUGACGACGAGCCUAGUCCAGGCCAAGUCUACCACGCCGAGAAAGUCCUUGUCAAUGGCGACUUCUACACUGGACAGUGGGUGGAUAACGUUCCACAUGGCCACGGCAAAUACCUUUGGACAGAUGGUUGCAUGUACGUCGGCGAAUGGCACAGAGGGAAGACCACGGGCAAGGGCAAGUUCAGCUGGCCCUCUGGGGCCACCUAUGAGGGUGAGUUCAAGAAAGGAUACAUGGAUGGGAGAGGGACUUACACGGGUUCGUCUGGGGAUACAUUCAGAGGUUAUUGGUUGAUGAACUUAAAGCAUGGGCAAGGGACUAAGAGCUUUGUCAAUGGAGAUUAUUACGAGGGCGAAUGGAGGCGUGGACUGCAGGAUGGGCAAGGCAAGUAUCAGUGGAAAAAUGGGAACCAUUAUAUUGGACAGUGGAGGAUUGGAUUAAUGAAUGGGAAUGGGACAAUGAUUUGGAGCAAUGGGAAUAGGUUUGAUGGGUUUUGGGAAGAUGGGUUGCCAAAAGGUAACGGGACUUUUAGGUGGUCGGAUGGGAGUUUUUAUGUGGGGAUGUGGAGUAAGGAUGGUAAAAACCAGAAUGGUACUUAUUAUCCAUCAGGGAAUUCUGAUGGGGAUUUGGAUUGGGAUCCACAAGAGGUUUUUGAAGUAGAUUUGAAUGAGUGUAAAAUUUGUCCUGGGGAGAAAGUGUUGAUUUUUCCCUCUCAGAAAAUGUUAAAUUGGCCCGGGAUUGAGGGGGAGUUCUUGCAGAAGCAGCCGAUAUAUAAGAAAGGGUAUGACGGAAGUGUGAAGCCUAAGAGGAUGUCGAUGGAUGGGAGGGUGAAUAAUUAUAACUGGGAGGAUGAUGGGGAUGCUGAUUUCAAUGGAGUUGAGGGAUUGGGGAAUCUUCAGCUUGAGGAGUCGGUUAAGAAAGGGAAUGGACCGCAGCAGUUGAGACCAAAGACAGAGAAGAGGCAGGGGGUGACCAUAUCGAAAGGGCAUAAGAACUAUGAGCUGAUGCUCAAUCUGCAGUUAGGGAUAAGACAUUCUGUUGCAAGGCCUGCUCCAAAGACAACCCUUGAUUUGAAGGCUUCGGCUUUUGAUCCCAAGGAAAAAGUAUGGACCAAAUUUCCUCCAGAAGGAUCCAAGCACACCCCCCCUCACCAGUCGGCUGACUUCAAAUGGAAGGACUACUGCCCGGUAGUUUUCAGGACUCUCAGGAACUUGUUCAAGGUGGAUCCAGCAGAUUACAUGAUAUCAAUAUGUGGGAAUGAUGCCCUUCGGGAGCUAUCAUCCCCUGGAAAAAGCGGAAGCUUUUUUUACCUGACCAACGAUGACCGAUACAUGAUAAAAACCAUGAAGAAGGCAGAAGUAAAAGUGCUUCUACGGAUGCUCCCAGCCUACUAUAAGCAUGUCCGGGCCUUUGAGAACACUCUAGUCACCAAGUUCUAUGGUCUUCAUUGUGUCAAACUGACUGGGGCCACACAGAAGAAGGUACGAUUUGUCAUAAUGGGGAAUCUAUUCUGUGCUGAGUAUGCAAUUCACAGGCGGUUUGACUUGAAAGGUUCUUCCCAUGGUCGCACAACUGAGAAACCGGAGGCAGAAAUCGAUCCAACGAUAACCCUUAAGGACCUUGAUCUCAAUUAUAUAUUCAGGUUGCAGAAAGCUUGUUUCCCGGAGUUUUGCAGGCAAGUGGACAGGGACUGCGAAUUUCUUGAACAGGAGAGGAUUAUGGACUACAGUCUAUUGGUUGGUCUUCACUUCCAAGAAACUUCGCAUGGGGAUUCACUCACACCUAGGAGCCGUACCAUUGAAGGAAAUGGAGACCCUCAAAAUGACGGAGCCUCUUGCCUUUUUAGUGCAGAAGUGGACCAGCUUCGUUGUGAUCCUACCUGUAAAUUAGGUAUAAAUAUGCCAGCAUGGGCUGAACGGAUAGAGAGAAGAAGCGACUGUGAAACUCAGCUGGUUGGAGAACCAACAGGAGACUUACAUGAUGUUAUCCUUUUCUUUGGUAUAAUCGACAUUCUACAAGACUAUGAUAUUAGUAAAAAGCUAGAGCACGCAUACAAAUCAUUCCAAUAUGACCCCACUUCAAUCUCUGCUGUGGAUCCAAGGCAAUACUCAAAACGCUUUCGGGAUUUCAUCUUCAGAGUUUUUGUAGAAGACACUUGAUCGAAGGUAUAGGUUGAUUACAUAUUUCCUACUUUCAGCAGGUGGCCAUCCAUGUAUAGUGGGUCUUCAGAGGAAAUGAGUUCAAUUAACGGCAAAAUGUUAUUAUUUUGGCCAUUGACAUGAUCAUUGGAGGGUGUUUUAUGGCUGCCAGAGUCAGACAUACAUGGUCUGUAAUUCAUUCCCCGAGCCAUCAUCUUUAAUUUAUAGUUACAGAAGUAUCAUAUGUUCUAGCGAACGUAUAUAUUAAAGUUGGAACCAGAGCUCUUUAGCCUAUUCCCAUUGUAAAGGAUUUAGCAGAAAGGUAAAUCUAUACUGGAAUUGAUUCUUUUUGUAUCCAAGUUUCCCAGAAGGUGAGGAGUAUCGAAUAAAAUGUACAGGAGUGAUUCUUUCCUUUUCUCGGCAAAUGUAGAGGAGUUCAAAAUAAUCAAUUAUGUACAAAGAUUUAGGUGGACCAUCUUCUAGAAAGUUGAGUCCUGAAUCUCACCCAAAGUUGACAACUAUAU